AUUUAUGCAAAAGAUGACUGGUACCCAUUAGAAGCUUAUUGUGGAUAGCUAGCGUUACCCUGGUGGACUUGUUUGCUGGAGCUAACGGACUACCGCUGUACUUAUUUGGGUAUAUGUGGACUAGUUAAUCAGGUCAAAAUAAUUAAUGUAAGACUGCGUGGUCUGACGAAGCCCGGGACUGAAUGAUGGAAGUCGCCUAUGUCUGUGAAUGGGAGAAGAGACCGAAGAGCAACCAUUGCCCAUCAAUUCCUUUGGUGUGUGCCUGGUCAUGUAGGAAUCUCAUCGCCUUCACCACCGAUCUCAAAAAUGAAGAGGAUGAGAAAGACCUGAGUCACAUGAUUCACAUUAUUGACACAGAGCACCCAUGGGAUGUGUACUCCAUCAAUUCUGGGCACACGGAGGUCAUCUCCUGUCUGGAAUGGGACCAGUCUGGUUCCAGGCUACUAUCUGCAGAUGGAGAUGGACAGAUUAAGUGCUGGGGGAUGGCAGACCACCUGGUCAAUAGCUGGAAAAGCACCCUGGGCAGUGCUGUGGAGGGAGACCCCAUUGUUGCCUUGUCCUGGCUUCACAACGGGGUCAAGCUGGCCCUGCACGUGGAGAAGUCUGGCUCCACAAACUUCGGGGAGAAGUUCUCGCGGGUGAAAUUCUCUCCCUCCCUGACACUAUUUGGAGGCAAGCCAAUGGAGGGGUGGCUGGCCGUGACUGUGAGCGGGCUGGUCACCGUGUCGCUGCUGAAGCCCAACGGCGCGCUCCUGACGGCCAGCGAGAGUCUAUGUCGCCUCCGGGGCCGUGUGGCCUUGGCGGACAUUGCCUUCACGGGGGGCGGGAACAUUGUAGUGGCGGCCACCGACGGCAGCAGCUCGUCCCCAGUGCAGUUCUACAAGGUGUGCGUGAGUGUGGUGAAUGAGAAGUGCCGCAUUGACACGGAGCUCCUGCCCUCUCUCUUUAUGCGCUGUACCACCGACCCCGUCCGCCGAGACAAAUACCCCGCCGUCACGCACCUCAAGUUCCUCACACGGGAGAACUCUGAGCAGGUAUUGCUGUGCGCCUCCAGUCAGAUGGGCAGUAUCGUGGAGUGCUGGUCACUUCGCAAGGAGGGGCUCCCUGUUAAUAACAUCUUCCAGCAUCGCUCCCCUGUAGUGGGAGAGAAGCAGCCCAUGAUCCUGAAGUGGCGCAUCCUGUCUGCCACUAAUGACCUGGACCGCGUCUCAGCCGUGGCUCUUCCAAAGCUGCCUAUCUCCAUCUCCAACACUGACCUCAAGGUGGCGUCUGACACCAAGUUUUGUCCAGGCCUUGGCCUUGCACUGGCUUUCCACGAUGGCAGCAUCCAGAUCCUCCACCGGCUCUCCCUCCACACCAUGGGCGUUUUCUACGGCUCCACAUCGUCUGGUUCCACUCAGCGUGGGGGUGAUGAGCCAGCAAUCAAGCGCCAGCGAGCUGGAGGCCCCACAGUGCACUUCAAAGCCCUGCAGUUCUCCUGGACCUCUCUGGCACUGGUUGGGGUUGAUAACCAUGGAAAGCUUCACAUGGUGCGAGUGUCUCCAUCCAUGGGCCAAAUUCUGGACAUGAACACCCUCUUGCGCCACCUGCUGUUCCUCCUGGAAUACUGCAUGGUGACAGGCUAUGACUGGUGGGAUGUCCUGCUCCAUGUGCAGCCAAGCAUGGUGCACAGUCUGGUGGAGAAGCUACAUGAGGAGUACAUGAGGCAGAACCAGGCCCUGCAGCAGGUGCUGUCAACGCGGAUUGUGGCAGUGAAGGCAUCCCUGUGCAAGUUGUCCUCAGCCACAGCGGCCCGGGCCUGCGACUUCCACGCCAAGCUCCUCCUCAUUGCCAUCAGCUCCACACUCAAGUCCUUGCUUCGGCCACACCACCUCAACACCCCUGACAAGAGUCCCGGAGACCGUCUAGCUGAAAUCUGUGCCAAGAACACUGACUUAGACAUAGACAAAGUGAUGAUAAACCUGAAGACGGAGGAGUUUGUGCUGGAUGCCUCCACGCUGCAGUCUCUGCAGCAGCUCAUCCAGUGGGUUGGGGACUUUGUGCUCUACCUGCUUGCCAAUCUGCCCAACCAGGGCUCCAUCGUGCGCCCAGGGUUUGGGUUCUUGCGGGACGGGCCGUCACUCGGCAUGCUCCGGGAGAUGAUGGUGGUGAUCCGUAUCUGGGGCCUGCUGAAGCCAGGCUGCCUCCCCAUCUACACCGCCACCUCUGACAACCAGGACAGCAUGUCCCUGCUCUUCCGCCUGCUCACCAAGCUCUGGCUCUGCUCGCGAGAUGAGAGCCACCCCCAGGAGCCGGACGAGAACCUGAUCGAUGAGUGCUGCCUGCUGCCCAGCCAGCUGCUGGUGCCCGCCCUAGACUGGCUUCCCAUCAACGACGGGGUCAUCUGCAAGCUGCAGAGCAAACACCCGCUCCGCCUGCAGUUCUGCAAGCCCUACAGCCUGCCCGGCCUCAACUCCAGCUCGCAGGUGGAAAUCUUCUCCAGGAGUCCUGGGUCUCAGCGGAUGGACAACCUGCGCUGUCUGCACAUGGGCGUCUGUCCCACAGAGGACAGCAAGGCCUGCACACGGUGUGGCUGCGUCACCAUGCUGCGCUCGCCCAACAAGACCACGGCCGUGAAGCAGUGGGAGCAGCGCUGGAUCAAGAACUGCCUGUGUGGGGGUCUGUGGAGGCGGAUCCCCACCACGCUCUCCUGAGAGGAACAAUCACAUCAGCCCUCACCUGCAGCACAGGCCACUACCAGGUCCAGUCUG